AGGAUACGGUGAUGUUGUUUUCAGAAGAAAAUAGUCUAAUUCCUUAUAUUGCCAUUAUCAAGUGGUUUUAUCGUCAAGAAGAUGCAAAGAAAAAGGAUGGUGGAAACUGGGUAGUAAAUGAUACACGUGAACUGUUCUACAGUUUCCAUCGUAACGAGGUCCCAGUAGAAUCUGUGAUGCAUAGAUGCCUGGUGAAUUUUGUUCCAGAUCAUAAGCAACUUCCGAGAGGCAGAGGUUUUAUCGUGCGAAAGGUGUAUGAUACGGUUGAUAAGAAGCUGUGGAAAUUGACUGAUAAGGAUUAUGCAGUUUCACAACAACGUGAAAUUGACCUCCUUGUGGAUAAGUCAUUGUCGCGAUUGGGUGAUCUUCCUGACCUCUAAUCUAAACAGUUUCAUUAUAUAUGAUUUUGUGGAGAGUUACGCCAACCGCAAACCAAUUAAAACUUAACCUUUUUGUUUAAUAAUGCAAAAGCUAUAUGUUAAUAAUAUGUUGC